AUGCAGCACUUCAAUAUACAAGACAUCUUCAAACUGCCUGCUGUAACGUCUUUGAAUAAUGUGGAGAUCCCAGUAAGAAAGAAUUGCGAGCAAAAUCCUCCCCGGCACGAGAUGCAAAGUGCUAAGCAGCUCGACGACUGGAAGAAUGCUCCAAUCUGCAACCCAUACGCUGGUCCCAAAGAACUGUAUGCAGUGGAGAAUGCGGUCGUGAAGGAGUAUGAUCCCAUCCUCAAACAAUGGAGGCAAAACGCGAUCAAGAUUCAGAUAGAGAGAAAGCCCUUUGCCGAAGGUGCUAUGCGGUCUGCAUAUCGCAUGAAAAUUCUUGACGGCAUGGAUGUGCAUGGGAGAGAUCGCCUGUUUGUUCUCAAGCUCUCCAAGGACCCGAAGGAAAACGUCAAACAAUACUACAAGGAUGUCGAGACUCAGAUGGAAGCGCGAAAAUGGGCGAUCGACUAUAACAAGUCAGGAGCCCCCAAACAAGUGGAAUUCAUUCCUGCGAUGGUUGUCAUCCUGGUAGACCGGCCGCUCCGUCCGACAUGCACCAUGGAGAAGUUUGUGGAGGGGGAGUACGUCAAGUACAAUGACAAUUGGUCUUGGUGUGACGAGAAGAGGAACACUCCACAGGCCUUCUCUCACUGGACCUGGGAGGCCUCAGGGAACAACCUGCUCGUGUGCGAUCUGCAGGGCGUAGGAGACUGCUGGACUGACCCACAGAUCCACACCAUCGAUGGGAGAGGAUUCGGGAAGGGAAAUGCUGGGCUGCAAGGAAUCAGGCAGUUCUUGCAGCAACACAAGUGCAAUGCUAUCUGCAGAGCCCUCAAACUCAAGUCGUUGACGGGGAGAAUGAAGCUUGCCGACAACGGGACGCAAUGGGGUGCGGCAUUGAAGAAGAGAACCGCCAUGGAACCUGCUGCCAGCGGCUCCUCCUUGGACGACAUGCCCGUCGGUAUCGGAAUCACAAUCGAUGGUGGAUUUAGUCAGGGCCUGAUGCUCCCGCUGAUCGUCGUGGCCGUGAAGCCUGGCAGCGUCGCCGCCAAGAGCGGGAAGAUCCAGAAGGGAGACUUCAUCAUCCAAGUAGACAAGACCCCUGUCCAGGGCGCGUCGGUCUCGCAGGUGAAGCAUCUCAUCCAAGGGAAGGCCGGCACCAAGGAGUCUCGAGAGCAGAAGAAGCGAAAAGUCAACAACAAGGAUGUUCAUCAGAUCGUGAAGGAGAUGCUGUUCCAAACUAAACCCGAGGACAAACAAGAGCAGAAGGAGCUUGAAGAGCAGCACCACAACCCGGAGCCGAGGCCCAUCAAGGUCAUGAACGGACCGGCUCAACCACAAGUAGAGAAAGAGAAUAACAACAGGAACUUGAAGGUCAACCCGCAGGCCCUGCAGGGAGGAAUCGUUUUCAUCUGA